AUGGAUAGAAGGGAAGGCGAUUGGUUAUGUCCCGAUACAUCGUGUGGUAACCUAAAUUUUUCAAAGCGCACUAAGUGUAAUAUUUGUGGAAUACCUCGACCAACAGAUCAGUCUUCCAACCUCGUUUCCUCUCCAAAGCAAGGAGAUUGGACCUGCAACAAGUGUGGAAAUUUAAACUGGGCAAAAAGGACACAUUGCAACAUCUGUAAUAUAUCUAGAGCAUUGCAAGAACCUGAAGAUAGAUUGGGCCGAGGAGGAGGCUAUUUCGAUCUUUUUGACCCUAGGGAUAGGAAGGAACACGAUUCUGAAGACGAAGAAUACGACGAGUUUGGUAGAAAGAAGAAAAAAUCACUAAAGAACAAGGACCAGUGA